UUUGUCUCUCUUCUCCUCGUCUUCUCAACGAUUGUUCGAGCCGCCACCACUGAUGUCCAAUACUGUGAGGAGAAUGCAGAGUAUGAAUUAAAAGUGAAAGAGGUUAAUAUAGCGCCUAAUCCUAUAGCUCGAGGCGAGCCAGCUACCUUUUCCAUCUCUGCCAACACAGGACGUAACAUAACUUGGUUUUUAGGAGGAAAAAUAAUGAUAGAUUGUACAUACUUUGGAUGGCACAUUCACUCUGAGACUCAUGACCUUUUCUCCGAGACAACUUGUCCUGUUGAAACCGGAGACUUCUUGGUUGCACACUCUCAAGUUCUUCCUGGUUACUCUCCUCCCGUAGGUAAAGAUGACAGAGUCCUAAGAUCAGUGCCCAUCUUUUUGGUUGGAUUUGGUUUCUCUUUCUGUGUUAGAUUCACAUCUCUAUACCAUGAUCGAAAGAUGUUGAUCCUCUAUGCCAUGUGGAGCGAAGAUAUAAAGCUUGUGGAGUUGGACAUAAAGCUUGUGGAGCAAUCAAAUGUCAUUGAUGUGCCUGGUUUGUCUUAUAGAAACAUCCCUUCCGUUGCCUCAACUGCUAUUAGAGAGAUGAAUGUGAACGCUUUAUCGAAAACUCAGGUUUUUGGUAAAGAAGCAGCAAGGAAUCAGUUUCUAGGGUUCACUGGAAACACUUACUUUGUUGCUCAACAUAACACAGCAAAGCUUGUAAACGUUUUACUCUGUUUUGAUUUCACUACAGAGAGAUUUUGUCAGCCUCUGCCGUUUCACUACACAGCUGAGUUUGAAAACGUGGCUCUAUCUUGUGUUGGAGAGGAGAAGCUGGCUGUGUUGUAUAAACAUGAAGGCACAAUGGAGAUUUGGAUUACGACUAACAUUGAGCACGAUGCCGUAUCCUGGAGCAAGUUUUUGAAAGUGGAGAUGAUACCCCUCAACGGUUUUCCGGAUGACUUUGGUUAUAACACCGAAACUCUAACUGAGAGCUUCCGUAUGUAA